UCAUGAUAAAAAACUAUUACCAUUAUUUGAGUUUAACAAAAUUGAUCUCAAAGAGCACAAAAACAUUCUGGAAUCGGAAUCCGGUUCAGAAAUGUCUCGUAUAAUCGAUCUUUCCACAGGCGAGUCCUUGGAAUCAAUUUCAAAUACGGAACAACAGGAGCGACAAAAAUUAAAACGUCCAUUAGAAUUAGUUGAAAAUGACUAUAAAAGUUCAUCUUCUGUUGAGUGUUUAAACUUAGAAGAAGGUAACUUCCUUGCCGCUAUGGGAGAAACUACCGUUGGCAAUCUUUAUAAAAGAGUCCGCACUUCGGAAAAACCAACGGUAAAUUACAUUGAAGACGUUGAAGAAGAUACUGAAUUAAUAGAUCAUACCCUCGGUGCCAUUCAAGAAUUUAAAAACGAUGUCAUCAUUCAUCACCCAAUUCCUGAUGUUUCUAGUACUUCAACAGAUCCAACAAAGUCCUUGCCAAUGGUAGUGAUAGAGAAAAGUCCAAGAAAAAUCGAAUUUACUGUGCAAUAUCAAGAAGCUUUCAAUAGGUAUAUGCGGUCACAGUUUGAUAGUGUAAAAAAUGAUGAAUACAGUGUUCAUGGAAAAGAAAUGGUUUUGUAUCGUCGAAACAAUGGUGAAUAUAUCAUUAAAGAUG